AUUUUGAUAUCCAACACAUUUUGUUGCGCUUGCGUUGAAUAAUGAUCACAUCAAAGUAAAUUAAUAAUUUUGGUUUUGUCAGCUGACUAUAUAUUGUAUUUCAUAUUGAUAAAUUCAUCUGAAAUUCAACGAAUUUUAUUGAAAUUCAGUAAUUGAAUGUGAUUUUAUUUGAAAUGUUCGAACAUAUUCGUGAUCGAAUUCAACAUGUUCAACAGGAUCUUACAACGAGUUUUCGAGAAUUGACCAUUGGUACUAUUGUUGAUUCACCAGCCACAUAUCCAACGUCUUUAUCACGUGAUAAAUCAAACUUGUAUGAUCUGGAUGUCAAUCUCUAUGCCGGUGCCGAUGUCAUUGAAUAUUUUCAACAUCGAUGGAUCGAAAUUCAAAACGAAACUAAACAUAAUGCAAACAAAGCUCAAUCUGUUUCCAAACAUAUUGGCCAAAUGCGUUCUCAUUUGAAAAAUUUUAAUAAAACCACUGAUGAUUUAGAAUCUGAGCUUGAUAAAUUAGCACCAGAAAUUCAUGAUUCACUGCUGGAAAUCGAACACGAACUUGAAAGAUCAUUGUUAUUGUUGAAUAAAUUAAACGAAGCAGUCAUUUGUUUAAAUAAAGAAGUUAUUGAUUGUGAUCAUCAACAACGUAAAGACGAAUCAAAACAGAAAUUGGAUGAAAUGCUAAUUCGAAGAGCCGAAGAUUUGGUCAUUUAUGAAGCUCAAUUACGUUCCAAAUAUGAGCGUCAAGAGGUUGCAAUCCUUAAAGAAAGACAGCUUGUAUUUCAACAGGCAUUUGAAGAAGAACUUCGUCUUUACAAAGAAAAGGGAUUAGUUACAGAAUCAAAUAAACUGAAAGAACCAUCUGAUGGUACAAGAUUGGAGGAUAUAUCGUUGGAUAUUGAUCAAGAUGAAGCCAAUGAAUUGGAAAAAUUUCUAGAGAAUGAUUGAACAUGACUUAUCGAUCAAGUGAUAAUUUUUAUUUGAUGAUUUAUUAUAUUGAAUUUUGUAUUUAAAAUAAAUUCAUUUCCAUUUUUAAA